AUGUCAGGACGCGGAAAGCAGGGAGGCAAAGCUCGGGCUAAGGCCAAGUCGCGCUCGUCCCGCGCUGGCCUGCAGUUUCCCGUGGGGCGAGUGCACCGCCUGCUGCGCAAAGGCAACUACGCCGAGCGAGUGGGGGCCGGCGCGCCGGUGUACCUGGCGGCGGUGCUGGAGUACCUGACUGCGGAAAUCUUGGAGCUGGCGGGCAACGCGGCCCGAGACAACAAGAAGACGCGCAUCAUCCCUCGCCAUUUGCAGCUAGCCGUGAGAAAUGAUGAAGAGCUCAACAAGUUACUCGGGGGUGUCACUAUUGCCCAGGGCGGCGUCUUGCCCAAUAUCCAGGCAGUUUUGUUGCCCAAGAAAACGGAGAGUCACAAGCCUGGCAAGAAUAAGUAA